AUGUUUCGGGGCCGGGUCUCUCGGCUUUCAGUGGUAUUACCCAGGCACCCUGCCGACCCCGCCAAGCGGGACUGCCGGCGUGAGGCCUGCCGCUUCGGCGCCGGCUGCUACCGGCGGAGCACUGCCCACCUGGAAAGGUACGCGCACCCCGGAGAUCGGAACUACCGCAAGGAGACCCUACUGCAGCUUUUCGACUUCCACGAUCCUGAGGAAGAGUUUGCGCAAACCUUCGAGUACUGCAGCAAGGACAACGCAGGCUCGGAAGUGGAUGGCGAGUGGGAGGCUGCAGGCGGCACGGCCACCGGUCGCUUGGCCAUUUUCCCUAUUUUCUCUCCCCAAGUCCUGCGCAAGGGCCUCCUUGUAAGCAGCCAGUCGUACUGGAGCCAGCAUUUUUUCCCCAACUCCAGGGGCGCCCUCCGCAAGGUCGCCGGGGCCGGGGUCGCAAGCAACGGCUCCCGGCUUUCCGGCGGGUGGCUACGUCAACUUCUCGCGCUUUGCGAGUUGGGCUUCGCAGCACUGCACGUUGCCGAUAGGUUUCGCAGCCGCGAGGACGACGACACGUCGUGCAGUUGUGCCGAGUUUUCCGCCGUGGCGGCCGGAAGACUCUGCGAGUGUGGCCACAAAGAGAGUGCGCACAGGUCCAUCGCGGAUGUGUUUUCUGUCGGAGAAGAUGCGCUGAAGCAUUGGCAAACUGCAGAUGACGGCUCUCUGCUGAAUGGGCUGGUCAACGUUGAAGACGCCGAUGUUCUUAGCCGGAUGCAGGAGCUCUUCAACCAGAGCCACAAGACGAGCGACAACUGGACCCGUGAUCGCGGCUGCUCCCUUCAUGGUCGGUGCGACGCCGCAUGCCUCCGGAAGAAUGGCCACCGAGUUCCCAAGGGCUUCGCCGUCAAGAAGGUUUUCCGGAACCAGAACUUGGACCUGUGGAAGCAUUAUGUUUUGAUGCGAAACUCCAUCAGCAGCGAGUGCGGCGAGGACUCGCACUUCACGCCUAUCUCCGUGCAUGCGGACGUACAGGUCGAAGCCAGCAUGUCUGCGACCUGCAACGAGUGGCGGCUCUUCCAUGGCACGAACGUCGACGCCUCGCGCGGAAUUUGCGGGAGCAACUUUCGCCUGGCUCUUUCAGGCACCGGCGCCACCUGGAAGGAGCCUGGCGAAGCCAAGGGCUCCCCGCUCUAUGGCUUCGGGAUCUACCUGGCCGAGAUGGUCACCAAGUCGGAUGAGUACGCCGAUCCUCUGCCCGAGGGGGAGGAGGAGGCCGGGCUGCACGCCCUGCUGGUGGUGCGCUGCGUCGGCGGCCGCGCCAAUGUUGUCGAGACGAACGAGAUCGACAAGGAACGUCUGAAGAAAGAGGUCUUCGACGGUCCUUACCAUUCGGUCUUUGGCGACCGGGUGAAGACAUUGGGCAAACCUUACAGGGAGAUCAUCGUGUACGACAAGGAUCAGAUCUAUCCAGAGUACCUUGUGCUUUACGAGAGGCUUUCCAAAACUUGA